AUGUGUUCGAAUAAUUUCCAGAUUAAUUAUUUCCUGGUGCCAGAUAUUUUGGAAGACCGGGCUCUGGAGGUGUCCGUGUGGAACUGUGGCUCACUGGUUGGAGAAAAUUCUGUAAUUGGUUCGGUAGUCAUUCCACUGCAUACACUAUUGAAUAUACCUGUGGAUCGUAAAGGUGCCAAAGUUCUGGAUGGGUGGUUCAAUUUGAGUGCAAGCUCACGAUGA